AUGUAUAAAUUAAAUACUAUGUAGGGUCGUUCCUUCUUUAAUUUUCAAGCUCCCAUUAAUUAUUUAUCAAAAAAGAACUUAUUUUAAUCAGCUACUGAAAUUAAACCCAAAAGAAUGGAUACAUAUGGUAGGUUAAUUGUAGCUCAAUCAUUACCCAAAGAAUUUUGGUUUAGAGAUUAUCUUAAAUCUAAUAGAAAAUACAAAAAAGAAUCACUUAAAAUAUAUAGACAUUAAAAUCCUAUAUAUUGUUAAAGAAUGGAAUAAUUUUAGCAUUUAUUAGUUUAUUCAAAUCAAGCCUCUACUCCAAGUCCAUCAAAAAAAUGGAAAAAAUUUAAGAACAUAAUUUUAACUAAAAAUUCAUAAGGAACAAUGACCUCAGAAAUUAUUAAAUAAAAAUUUAAAGAGACAUUAAAUCUCUUAAUUCCAUAAAAAUUUUAAUCUCCUCCUAAAAGUGCUCGAUAUUCAGUUUAAUCACCAACAAAAAAUAUCAGUGAUUUAAGUAUUCAAACAACAAAUAAUUAAAUACAGAAACUUGAUGGAUUGGAUUCAAAUCGAAUAAAUUAUAUACCAAGUCUAUUAUCAAUAGAUAAAUAAAUUAAAGAAAAUAGUAUAAAUUAAAGUAAUACAAAUAACAAUUCAUUUAUAUAACAUAAAGAUAUCUCUUCUAAUCAAGUGACUCCUAGAAAUAGAUUUAUUAAAGAUUGUUGCAGAUUGUAUGGCUUAGAUUCGCAUAUGCUACCUUCAAUAAAUAAAUUAGUUUUUUCAGAUUAGAUAUAAUUAAUUGAAACAAAUGAAACUAAAAAUGAUAAAAUAGAAAUAAUUACAAAAUCAAUAGAGAAAUAAAAUUAUAAAUAAAAUACUCUACUUAAUUUAAUAAGAAAGUAAAAAGAAUAAUAAAUAAAUCAAAAAUAAAGAUAACACUCUAGUUCACUAAAAAAAAUAAAAUGUAAUGUAUGUAAUAAUAGUGUGAGUAGAGUGAUGAGUACAUACUUUCCAUCACUUAAAAAGGUUAGUAAACGUAAUCUCUCAUGA